AUGCAACGUCCAUCGAAUGGUUAUCGAGGUGGUAUUCGUAUUGGUCAUCAUUAUACACAUAAUCAUCUUGUUACAAAUUCUGAUGAUAUAAAUUUAUCACUUUCAAAUUCUGAUGAAAAAGAUGAAAGAAAACAUUCAUCACGAUAUUCUUCUAUCGGAUUAAAUAAUGAUUUUGAAUCAGCUAUACGAAAUCUUCGUCCAUCAGCCAUACAACAAAAAAAGAAUAAAACAAAUUUAAAUAUAAGUAAACAAAAAGCUGAUUUACCACAAUUAAAUACAACAAAUGAUGAUCAACAUAAUAAUAGUAUAAAUGAACAUGAACAAAAUGAAACGAAUCAUCAAGAUAAACAAUUACAUCAAUGGUUUCCACAUCCAGAUAUUGGUCAUGUAGAUUCAAAUGCUUUUAUACGUCAUAAUCAUGUUGAAUCUAAACAACAAUCAUUGGAAUUAAUUGAACAAAUAACUCCACCAGCUAUAUUAACAGCAAUUCCUCCUGUUGGAAUUUCAACACGUCCAACUGCAAUUAUUGCACCACCGGCUCCAACACGAUCUAUUUCAGCUUUUUUUUCAUCAAAUGCAUCAAUAAAAAAAGCAAAUAGUACUAGUUAUAAUAAUCUUCAUAAUAAUUCUUUAAUUAAAACAAACGAACCGCAACAACAACAACAACAGAUAGCAUCGGCUUUUCAACCCAUUCAUUCUAUACAAAAUAUUCUUCAUCGACAAUCAACAAUUAAAUCUGCACCUGUUUUAAUGGAUAUACCACAACAUAAAGCAUUAGUACGUGGUCAACAAUUAAAUAAAGUACAUAUUUCUCAUCCGCAAAGUCCAUCAACUGUUCAUCUUAUGUUAAAUGAAGAUUUUAAUACAGCUUGUCGUCUUCUUCAUGAUAUGGCUAUACAUCCUGACCUUAAUAUUGAUCAUGCACCAACUCAUCUUUUUAAAGCUCAAGUUAAUCGUUUAUGUGCAUGUUAUCAUGAAGGUCGUUGGUUUCGUUGUCGUAUAUUACAAAUUUCACCUGAUUUUUCAACAGCUACAGUUGUUUAUUUGGAUUGGGGUAUGACAAUUCCAAUGCAAAUUGGACCAGAAUAUAUUCGUCGAUUACCAAAUGAAUUUUAUAUUGAACCAGCUUGUUCUAUAAUGUGUCAUCUUGAUGGUAUACCUGAUACAAAUGAUUUAAUACCGUCGAAUAUUGUUGCUGAAUGUAUUGCUUUAUUAAGUGAAAAUGAAUAUGAUGUUAUUGUUAAUGGUUAUGAUAGUACAACAGGAGGAAAAGUUGUUCUUUCAGUUAAUGGAAGAAUUGUUAAUGAUCAAAUACGACAAUUACUUGUACCAAAUACAUUGAUGUCACUUGAAGAUGAAUUAAUUGAACAAUUUCGACAUGAACUUCCAUUAACAAUUGGUGAUGAAUUAAAAACUUUACUUAGUUCAUUUAGUGGUAAAGAUGAUACAUUUUAUGUUUUACUUGUUAAUGAAAAUACUAUUGCUAUUGAUCAUGCUAUGAAUCAAUUACAAGAAGGAAAUCUUUCCAAUUGUUAUACAUAUGAAACACCACGAAUAAAAACUCUUGUUGUUGCUCGUUAUGUUGAUGAUGGUAAAUGGUAUCGUGCAUGGAUUAAAUCAAUUUGUUUACAACGUAAACAAGCAAUUGUAUUUUUUGUUGAUUUUGGUAAUGAAAGUACUGUUAUGUUUUCGGAUAUUUAUCCAUGUCCAGAAUCUGUUCGUAAACUUCCAUGGCUUGGUAUACGUGUUCGUUUAACAAAUGAUACAAUGACACAUGAUGAAUUAGCAACAUUUUGGAAAAUUGCUGAAUCAAAUUAUAUAUGGAUUAAAAUUUUAGAUAUAUUGAAAGAUUCCUAUAGUAUACAAAUUAAAAUUGAUUAUACAAUUCUUCUUCGACAAGAACGUAUGAAAUCAUUAAUAUCUAAUCGAUCUGUCCAUAUAGGUGUACAAACAAUAUUCAAUGAAAGAUCGAUAUCAACAAUAUGUCCAUCGAAUAGUUCAGAUAUAAAUUCAUGUUUAAUGACACCAUCAAUCAAUGAUCAAAGUCAAAUUGGAAAUGAAAGUUUAAUUCGAAAUUUAUUUGAAAUGAUUAGUAAUGAAUUACGUCGUCUUCGAAAUCGUAUUAAUGAUAGUGAUGAAACAUCACAAGAUCGUCAUAGUCAAUUAAUGCAAUUAUUAUUUUCAUCAUUUAAUUUAAAUAAUAGUAAUAAUAAUAAUAAUCAAAAACGAGUUUAA